GAAAGGUAUGGGAGAUUCCUUGGCAGAAUGUCUCACGCCUAGAGAGAGAGCCAGGGAGAAGCCAUAGUAGAGGGAAACACUGCGAGAAAUGACAGCAACUGAAGGCAGCGGUGAAAUGGUGAGAGCUCCCGGACCCCACCCCAAAGCGAGAGAAGGCACCAUUGGAUAACUGGAUCGAGCUAAGAAGUUCCCCAAGGGAAAGUAGAAAGAGCCACAGAGCCACCUGGCUCUUCCUCUCCCCUUCUACGCUAAACUCCUCUCCCAAGGCAGAUCCCGGAGUUGGAGCAAUCGCUGACGCUACUUUUCCUGUACUGUUAUACUUUUCUAUUCACCCCGGUACCUUCCCUUGCUUCCACUCUCUUUUCAGGAUGCAGAUGCUCCUUCCCUCCUUCUAUACCCCGCCCUCCGGGCCCAAUUUCUCUUUCAGUCUCGGUUCGAAUCAGGGGAGUUCCCCCGAUUGAGAUCCUUGGCGUUUUCAAGAACGAGGGGUUGUUAUCAUUACUGGCUGCUCUGCUUUUGGCGGACAACACCAACAACGUCCACCCUCACCAACAACCAGGUCAAAGCUUUCUAGGGGCACUAGGACCAACAAGCGCGGGAGAUGCUCUAGCCAGCUGCAGGAACAGCGGCCCGCGCGUACUCUAUGGUUGGUCCUCCAGAGCAUGCGCAGUGACGGGGCAGGAUCGCUAUGGCAGCAGUAGCGGCGUCGGCUUGGCUCAGGCCGCGGGGUUCCGGUUAGGCCCAGCAGCCUCUACCAUCUGGUGAAUGAACAUCUAGGCUUCCCGCCGCUCCUGCCGGGGAAUGAGCGGCGCCUCGGCCCCCAGCCACCGCCGCCGCCGCCCGCGGAGAUCAUGCCCCUGGCUGCCUACAGCUUCCUGCAGGCCGUGGGCAAGGGUAGUUAUGGGGAGGUGACGCUCGUCCGCCACCGACAGGACGGCAAGCAGUAUGUCAUCAAAAAACUCAAUCUCCGAAAUGCCUCCAGCCGAGAGCGGAAAGCUGCUGAGCAAGAGGCUCAGCUACUGUCUCAGCUGAAGCACCCCAACAUCGUUACUUAUCGAGAGUCGUGGGAAGGAGAAGAUGGCCUGCUUUACAUAGUUAUGGGUUUCUGUGAAGGAGGAGAUCUCUAUCGAAAACUGAAAGAACAGAAGGGCAAACUUCUCCCUGAGAACCAGGUGGUGGAGUGGUUUGUUCAGAUUGCUAUGGCCCUGCAGUAUUUACAUGAAAAACGCAUCCUUCACCGAGAUCUGAAAACCCAGAAUGUCUUCUUAACAAGAACCAACAUCAUCAAAGUAGGCGAUCUGGGGAUUGCCCGAGUGUUAGAAAAUCAAUAUGACAUGGCCAGUACACUCAUUGGGACACCUUACUACAUGAGUCCUGAAUUAUUCUCAAACAAACCCUACAACUAUAAGUCUGAUGUCUGGGCUUUGGGAUGCUGUGUUUAUGAAAUGGCUACACUGAAACAUGCUUUCAACGCAAAAGACAUGAAUUCUUUAGUUUAUCGAAUUAUUGAAGGAAAGCCACCUCCAGUGCCAAAGGAAUAUAGCCCACAAUUGGCAGAAUUGAUAAGAACCAUGUUAAAUAAGAAGCCUGAGGAAAGACCCUCUGUGAGAAGCAUACUCAGGCAACCCUACAUAAAACGCCACAUUGCUUUAUUUUUGGAGAUCACAAAAGCAAGAACUUCUAAAAGUCACAUUAAAAACUGUAACCCUAAAGCCAGACCUGUUGCCGAAGUUAUUUCAGUGAAGACUGAAUCAAACAAUGAAAAGGUCAUCGCUCAGCAAUAUUUCUCAAAGCAUUCCAAGACACGUACAGAGGUUGAAGAAAAAUGUUUCUCCCAAGAUAAGCCCAUGGAUGCUUGUGUCUCAGAAAUAGCUUGUCUUAAAAGCCAUUCCAACAAGAAUGAUGUGCACAGCCCUGGAGACUCUUUAGCAACAGUCAGUAAGGUGGAUAUUAACAUUUUACCUGCCACAGAAAGAAGAAACUCAAAGAGUGACAACUUGCUACAAGAUGACAAAUUGAAAUACUCAGAUAUUUCUAAUGAGCCAGAAGCUAAAUUUAAUGUCUCCCUAGUGAAGGAAGAGGGGCAACAACUUAGUCCUAAGCCUGAAAAUCUAGUUCCCUCACAGACUUCUAUUGAGAACACUGAUGAAGAGAAAAGCACCAUGAAACUUGUUCAGCCCUUACACAAGGACCUAAAGCCAGUGGAUCAGGACAGUUUGGACUCCACUGAAAAGCUCUUAGCAUCAUUUGUACCAGUUGUCCUGGAUAGAAUCAAACCAUGCUUACAUCCCCAUAGUUCUGUGUCUGAGCCCCUCCGUUCACGGCAAAGAAGGCAGAAAAAAAGGGAGCGAGUUGAACGAAGUAGAGAGAAUGGACAGGAAGUUCCUCCUAGACCUUUGCCUUCUCCUCCCAUUGCAAGUAAAGUAGUUAAGAAAACAACACAUAGUGGUGCUACUAAACAUAGCACAGAAGUAAUGGUGUCAGUAGACAGUUCAAGAAGCAGCGAGAUAACAUCCUCAAAGGAUCGACCACUGUCUGCCAGAGAAAGGAGGAGACUAAAGCGGUCACAGGAAGAAAUAUUUCCCAUUGCCAACUGGCUUUUGACAGUUUUUUCAGGUCCUUCAGUGAGAAGAGCAUCUCUGGAUUCAGGAGAAGGAAUGAAUUUGCACAUAGAAAAUGAGCACUUGACUGCUCAUCAGUUAUGUUCAGACAUAGAUACCUCUCAGGAAAAGAAAUUAGUUUGUUGUCUAUCUGAGGAUGAGUUAAGUUCUUCUGCAAGUUCUACUGAUAAGUCAGAUGGAGAUUCCAAAGAAGGGAAAGGCCAUACAAAUGAAAUGAAUGAUUUGGUACAACUAAUGACUCGAACACUAAAAAUGGACUCUAAAGAGAAUUGUGAGAAUCUUCCAGUACUUCUUCCUGUGUCAGAGUUUAGACUGCAUCGAAAAUACAGAGACACACUAAUGCUGCAUGGGAAAGUUGAAGAGGAUUCAGAGGAACUUAGGUUUCAAGAACUUUCUCCAGCUGUUGUUUCAGGUUCUGAAAAGAUCAGAAGAAUGGUUGAAGUCUUGAGAGCUGAUGUAAUUCAGGAGUUGGGAGUGAAGCUUUUAGAGAAGGUGUAUGAUCUCAUGGAAGAAGAUGAUGAAUUGAAGAGAGAGGUGCAUUUACAGGAGCAUUUGGGUGAAAAAUAUGUAAAUUAUAGCACGAAAGCAAGACUCCUGAAAUUUUUUGAAGAAAAUGUGAAUUUCUGAGCAUCUGUCCUAUAUAUCAUCAGAACUGAAGACCUAUUUUUAAAGGAUUGUUUUUCUCCUGAAGAGAUUACCUCAACCAGAUAUAUCCAGAUCAGAGGCCAAUGAAUUUGGUCAUCCUUGCCUUUCUGGCAUUUUUGUUUUGUAGGAGUAUAAAAAUGGACAUUACUGAAUGCUGUUUUAGAAGAGGCCUUUUUAAAAAAUGAUUUAAUGGUUACCAUAUAGUGGUAAAAGUGUUUCAUGUUUUACAUGAAACCUAUAUAGUUAAGUAGUCUGAAACUAUUAUGUAUCCAGGAUUUCUUCUAAAAUAGUCAAAGUGUACCAAUACAUGGCUAUAACAGUAUCAAAGCAGGGGUUUUCUAGGUUGACCAUAGCAAUGUAAUAAACUACCAAAAACAAAUGGCUUUAAAUUUUAUUAUAUGCGUGGUGAUGAGCAUAGGCUGGUAUUAUUAGUAAAUGCUGUGAUGGUAGUUGGUUAAAUUUAAGUUGGUGCAUGAUCUUUAUGGAUUUGAAGAAUGGGCCUGUAUAUAGUUUUUAUACAUUUCUGAAAGUUUAAAAAUUAACUGCUUUUAGUUUGAGCAAGAUACUUGCAGAACGGAAUAUUGUGCUUUUGGCUUAUUCAGUAUAUAAAUAUAUACUGAAUAUAUAUAUAUAUAUAUAUAUAAUAUAUACUGGCUUUGUUAAAAUUCAGUUUUUUCAUCAGCCAAGACAUACCUGAAUAUUAAUUCCUUUUGGAAUGAAACAAUUUUUAAGUAAAAUACAGGUGCUUUUGAGCUGAAUUCGAGGUCUUUUAUGUCUCUUGAAAUAGAGAAUUCAGCUUCCUUGCAUAGUCUCCCUUUUUUUGUUUGCCUUUUUAUCGUGACACUUACUGUCUGUCCAUGUUUUGAAGGUCUAAUGUGUAUAUUUUAGUAAUUGUUUUUUAUAAGAAAAUUACUAUCAAAUAAAUAGCAUUUUGUUAAA